GAAUCCAUUCGGCUAACUGGCGGCGGCGGAGCUCCGUCUCUUUGUGCCGGUGUCUCUGAGCUCCCGCUUCGCGUUGCCAUCUAUGCGGAUCGGGUUUUUAGAAAUAUAGUUUAAUGACUUGUUUUGUUACCAUUUUAUUUUUUUUUAAUUUGGGAAGCACUGAAACCGACACGGAGUGACUGGGCGGCGCGGACGGUGAGGUAACUCUUUCCCCACCCUUCCCUUUUUUAAUCUUCUUUUGGAAGUUUUUCGUUGUGUCAAGCCGCCAAAGUGGAGAGUGUGAUCGCAGAAGGGGUUGCUUCUCGUUUCAGUGCUUCUUCGGGCGGAGGAGGAGGUAGGGGUGCGCCUCAGCACUAUCCCAAGACUGCCAGCAACAGCACUAAACGAGAUGCCAACUCCUUGAAUGAGAAAGAACGACAAGAUGGAAUCUUCAGGAAAGUCAGAGGCAUUUUGAACAAGCUUACUCCAGAAAAGUUUGACAAGCUAUGCCUUGAGCUCCUCAAUGUGGGUGUAGACUCUAAACUGGUCCUAAAAGGGAUCAUUUUACUGAUAGUAGACAAAGCCCUUGAAGAGCCCAAGUAUAGCUCACUGUAUGCUCAGUUAUGCCUGCGUCUAGCAGAGGAUGCUCCUAACUUUGAUGGCCCAACUCCUGAGGGUUUGCUGCAACACCACAAGCAAAGUACGACAUUCAGACGCCUUUUAAUUUCAAAGCUUCAAGAUGAAUUUGAAAACCGUACCAGAAAUGUCGAUAUCUAUGACAAGCGUGAUGGCCCUCUCUCAAAUGAAGAGGAAGAGCAACGGGCUAUUGCCAAGAUCAAAAUGCUGGGCAACAUCAAAUUCAUUGGAGAGCUUGGCAAACUUGAUCUUAUCCACGAAUCUAUCCUUCAUAAGUGCAUCAAAACACUUUUGGAAAAGAAAAAGAGAAUCCAACUCAAGGAUAUGGGAGAGGAUUUGGAGUGCCUCUGUCAGAUAAUGAGGACAGUAGGACCUAGACUAGACCAUGAAAAGGCCAAGUCUCUAAUGGAUCAGUACUUUGCCCGGAUGCGUUCCUUGAUGCAAAAUAAGGAAUUGCCAGCUAGGAUUCGUUUCCUGCUGCAGGAUACUGUGGAGUUGCGUGAGCACCGCUGGGUUCCUCGCAAGGCUUUUAUUGACAAUGGACCAAAGACGAUAAACCAGAUUCGUCAAGAUGCAGUAAAGGAUUUGGGAGUUUUUAUUCCGCCAGCUAUGGCUCAAGGAAUGAGGAAUGACUUCUUUCUGGAGGGACCUUUUAUACCACCAGGAAGGAAAUUUGACAGAGACCCACUUGGGGGGCUUGCUGAUAUGUUUGGACAAAUGCCAGGUAGUGGAAUUGGUACUGGUCCAGGAGUAAUUCAAGACCGCUUCUCACCUACCAUGGGUCGACAUCGUUCCAACCAGCUUUUUAAUGGGCAUGGUGGGCAUGUACCAGCUCAGUCACAGUUUGGGGAAAUGGGAAGCAAAUCUUUCCUUAAAUCUAAUCAGGGACAGAACCAGCAUUACCAUGGACAAAACCAGGGACACUCAUUCCAGCAACCAACACAAUCCAAGGGCAUGCCUCCUCGGUUCAUAAAGAAAGGACAGAUCAAUGCAGAUGAGAUCAGUUUGAGGCCUGCACAGUCAUUUUUGCUGAAUAAAAAUCUAGUGCACAAGCUUCAACCACAAACACCAACUAUGAUUCCACCAAGUGCACAGCCUCCUCGUACUCAAACACCACCCCUGGGGCAGCCCCCUCAACUAGGUCUCAAAACAAAUCCACCCUUGAUUCAGGAGAAGCCUGUGAAGAACAAGAAAGCACCUUCCAAAGAAGAACUGAUAAAACUGACUGAAACAAUUCUCACAGAGUACCUGACGAAUCUUAACAUUAAAGAUGCUGUCAGUGGAGUGAAGGAGAUGAAGGCACCAAAGCCUUUUCUGCCAGAAAUGUUGAGCAAGAUGAUUGUGUACACGCUAGAUCGCUCUGAUGAAGAUAAAGAACAAGCUAGUACUCUGAUAAAUGCACUCAGACAGGAGGGGCUUGUUAUGGGUGAAAACUUCAUGCAAGCUUUCCUGAAUGUAUUGGAGCAGUGCCCCAAGCUGGAGGGGGAUAUCCCUUUGGUGAAAUCGUACUUGGCCCAGUUUGCAGCACGUGCCGUCAUCUCUGAACUCGUGACCCUCUUGGAGCUUGCCCAGCCCUUUGAGAAUGGAACCCAUUUCCCCUUAUUCCUGCUUUGUCUACAGCAGCUUGCCAAAUUGAAGGAUCGAGAGUGGCUGACUGACCUCUUUCAACAGAGCAAGGUCAACAUGCAGAAGAUGCUGCCAGAGAUUGACCAAAAUAAGGACCGCAUGUUGGAGAUUCUGGAGGGGAAAGGACUCAGUUUCUUGUUCCCAUUACUAAAAUUAGAGAAAGAGUUGGCAGAACAGAUCAAGAACGACCCAUCCCCUCAAGCCAUUUAUAAGUGGAUCAAGGAUAACAUUUCUCCCAAAUUGCAUACGGAUAAAGGAUUUGUCAAUAUUCUCUUAACCAGCUUCCUGCAGCACAUUUCAAAGAUGGCACCUGCUGAAACUGGUGACCCAACUAGCGUUCCUUCCAAAGAAAUGUUGGAACCGGAGAAGCAGCUGCUCCUGUCCUUUAAGCCAGUAAUGCAGAAGUUCCUGCAUGACCACACUGAGCUGCAGGUUAGCGCCUUAUAUGCAUUACAGGUGCACUGCUACAAUCACAACUUCCCUAAAGGUAUGUUACUGCGCUUUUUUGUGAACUUUUAUGACAUGGAAAUAAUAGAAGAGGAAGCCUUCUUAGCGUGGAAAGAAGAUAUCAGCCAGGAAUUCCCAGGAAAAGGCAAAGCUUUAUUCCAGGUGAAUCAGUGGCUAACCUGGCUGGAAACUGCAGAGGAGGAGGAAUCUGAAGAAGAGGAAGACUCGUCAUUCCCACUUGUGACAAGAUCCAUGCUGUGCUUGUAAUCUUCCUGUAAACAUGGAGUAAAUUCCUGUAAUGAUGGGUGAAGAGAACUCAUUGAUUUCAUUUGAGACAUAAUCAUGAGGCAAGAGGGAUCUUGUCCUCUUUCCAGAAGAUUAACCAUGUUGAGUUUAUUCUAAGGUUUUUUUGAGUGCACAUGUUGCAGAUCCUCAGUACAUUAUGUUGGAGUCAGUCACUCAGCCCCUGUAGCCUGUUCUGCCAUUUGCUUAUCAGUUAAUUUCUUAACUCAAAACCACCCUUCAUUUUGUAUAACUGGUUAAAUGUUGCAUCCAAACGAUUUAAUUUAAAUGUGCGAAAGAAUAGAAUUGAAAGUUUGCAGAUGUGACCCUCGGACCUUGGGCACUCCAAGUCUUGGAGCUUUCAAGCAGUCAAUUUUUUUAAAUCGGGAGUGCUCUCAUUGCAAAUCUUUGUUGUAUCAGCUUUACAAGAGUACAAAAGGAUAUGAGCCUUGGCAGUUGAGAUGUUUUUUUAAGAUCAAACUUGACCAUGAUUUCUCAGAAUUGGCAGAACAGCCUUGAGGUUUUGAGUGAGCUACUCCAGUUCCUAUGUUGAAUAGCUUCUCUGUAAUUACAGGUUAGCUCCUUGUAACAGCUAUCUUUCAGUUUAAAUACUACUUUUGUAGCAGAAACACUUCUAACCCAGUGUUCAGGUUUUAUCAAUACAAAUAAAACUGGCUGAGCUGUGA